AUGGAGAAGACGGCGGAGGACCUGUCGUUCGAUGUUCUGUGGCUUAUCUUUGCUAAUCUGGAGUUACCUGACCUUGUGCGUGCUGGAUCAGUCUGUUCCAUAUGGCGUGACAUAUACACGAGCCUAUGCAACAGUGGAUCUUACAAUCCUCAGCACACACCAUGCCUUCUCUACACCUCUGAGUCUGCUAGCGCAAGGGCAGCUUGCCUGUACAGCCUUGCAGAGAAGAAGACCUACACGUUAACUCUGCCGGACCCUCCUCUCCGUAGCAGGUACAUAUUUGGCUCGUCAUAUGGUUGGAUUGCCACUGCUGAUGAGAGGUCUGAGUUACACAUUGUGAACCCCAUCACUGGCGACCAGAUUGCCUUGCCAUCGGUCAUCACCAUUGAGUGGGUGAAGCCAAUCUUUAGUGAUACUGGAGCCAUUUGCGGAUAUGAGCACUCAGGAUACUUUGGAGUGUGGAUAACUUCAGGCAUACCGUCCAUAUUUGACCUCAGUGAACUACGUGACUAUCUCUUUUACAAGGUCUUUCUGUCUUCAGAUCCAUCUGCGGGAGAAUAUUUUGUGGUGCUCAUCCAUAACCCACACUGUCAGCUUUCAUUUGCAAGAGCAGGGGAUGAUAGGUGGACUUUGUUGCCACAUGGCGAUUCCUAUGAAGAUUGCCUAUUUAAUGGCCGGUUGUUGUAUGCCUGCACUCGAUUUGGAGAAAUCCAUGAAUUUGAUCUUGGUACCCCGGCAAUGACACACAAGAUAUUAUUGGAUCGUGUUAAAGAUAUAUAUGACGAGAAGAUUUACAUUGUUCAAGCUUCAUGUGGUGAGCUGCUGCAAAUAUGGAGCCAGUGCCUGGCAUGCCCGGGCACGUGGCCGGGCUUGGCUUCGCACCUCCAUCGGUGGCCGUCCAUCUCCACCUCGCUCGCCGCGUUGUCGGACUCCCUUGCCAUCCUGCACGCCGCGGCGCUGCUCGUGUCGCUCGCCACCGCGCUCCGCUCUCCCGUCUCCGCUUGGUCCGCGGCCUCCUGCGCCGCCGUGCUGGAGGAGCUGGCGUGCACCGCGCCAGUGCCCUCCGCGACCGUGUACGCGGUGGCGGCGCUGCUCAAAUCCGCCACCGGCAGCGGGGACCUCUGCGUGCGAGCCGUGGCUGUGCGGGCCGUCCUCGCGUCUUCCGACGUGUUAGCAACCUAA